ACCCCUCUCGUGGGCUCCCUCUCUCUCCAUGGCCCUUUUCUUCCUCUCUUCUCAAGGAGCAGCCCAGCCCGAACUGGCCCUAGCCAGCCCCAUCUCCCUCCGGCCCAUCCUCUCUUCUUAGCCCAACCUGGCCCGUACCCCUUCGACCCCUCACCUUUUUCCUCGUUGUCGUCAUCUCCAAAGGUGAGCACGCAGAUGGCGUGAGGAGGAUGCCGUGGUCCUCCCCACCACCGCACCUCAACCACUCCUCCUCGCCUUUUAAUCCCUCCCAAACCCUAGCUCGCCUCUCCUCUUCCUCCAUCUGGCCGCCGCCACUCCCUCCUCUUUUCCUCAUCUUCCCUCUUCUCUCUGUGAGCAACACAGGGGAGAAACCCCACAGUACACCUCCUCCCCGCCAUGGCGCCGCCGCUACGGGCUGCCCCUCGUCGAUCUACGACCACCGGCGGCUCCGCCUUAUUCUCCUCUUCCACCUCGUCCAAGGAAUCGAUCCGGGAGGCCUUCAAUCUUCGCCAAUUCGCCGUUUCUCACGAGCCGGACAUCGCCUUUCUUCUUCAAUUCCGGCCGCCCUCGUCUUCCUCCAGCCAAACCGAGCACACCACCGGGUUCCUCAUGUUCGUCCGCACCUCCGACGCCAUUUCGUUUCUUCUGGUUCGCCCCAACCAUCAAAUCCUCCUCCGACCAGAGCCUUCCGCCAUGGAUGUCCCAGUGGUUGUUUCCUUGGACCUUGAUCUGCAGAUCAUCUCGUGGCUGGAUUCAGUUUAUGCAGAGCCGUACCAAAAUCAACAAGAGCAGCGCAGCUCAGCUGAUCCGCCACCAGUUGGGCCUCGGCCCGUCUUUUCUUCCGGCGCAGCCAACGCCCGCGCGGCCCGAAGUUCCCGUCGUCGACACAGAUCAGAUCCGGCCCAGGACAGUGCAGAUCCGCCACCAGUUGGGCCUCGGCCCGUCUUUUCUUCCGGCGCAGCCAACGCCCGCGCGGCCCGAAGUUCCCGUCGUCGACACAGAUCAGAUCCGGCCCAGGACAGUGCAGCAUUUGCUUCUUCCCGGAUAGGAUCGCGAAGUGGUGAUGUGAGAUACGACAAGUCCUCCGGAUGUUUCUCGGCAAGCUUUAACAGGUAUGAAGAUAUGUUCGAUGAAGACGACGCUAGCAAGGUUACCCUUCCGGCUUGGCCUGGGCAGGGUUAUGGACGCCACUAGUUAUCUUCAGGACUCUUAGUCCAAAUUUGUAUCUUGUCCCUACUCGGAUGUAUUUGAUCUUCUGUAUGAUUUGGAUCUUUGUAUUGUAUAUUUGUAUCUUGACUCGUUGGAGUCGUUGUUGUAAUAUAUCUGUAUCUUGUGGGCUCUAUUGUAAUCCUGUUGUAAUGUUA